GUGGUGGUGGUGGCUGCCUUGGCUGUUCUUGCGCUCUUGGCCACACAUAAGAAGCGUCCCGGUGGCUCGCCCUUUGGAGAAGAGUGUGGGGGGUGUUCCGCACAGGCAAACGAAUACAUUAAUGCGAGGAGGCGCCGCUCAUUUAUUUACAUGGCUGUCGGCUCAUCGCACUCUGGGCGUCCGUCACCGCGCCUCUGCUCGCGUAAAUUGACUCGGGAACCCGUCUCCGGUUUUGCUUUUACAGGCGCCGAGUUCGUGCAGAGGUGCGCACACACUCUCACGCACUCUCACGCACCCCAUCCUGUGUGAGAUGCACACAGGACCCCUCCUACCGGGCGAACGCCGCCCUUAUUAGAGUGAGCAACGCCACGUGUCUGCCAACGAGGAGCCUGAACUGCGCCAAACGAGGACCCCCGUGUGUCCCCCCCCCCUCCUCCUCCUCCCGUCCGUGGGAGAGCAAGCGGCUGCCUGGGUUCAGCGACACCCGCCUCUGCUCCUGGGAAUCUCACAGCCCGUUUGCCCUGCAACACGCAACGAUGUUCGCGUGUGGAUCGACCACAAGGCGCGUUGUAACUUCGGGACGACCUCUCUUCCUCCUCCUCCUCCUCGCCUGAACGGGCACCCGAGCAAGUUUAUUCUCGCAGCAUAAAAAAAAACCUCAACGCAAGAGGCGUUACGAAACACCGGUGCUUCAAUAUUACACGGUGUUCCUGCAUAGUGUCAGAUAACAGACCCUUUUUUUUGGCUUUAUUCCUGGUUCGCGCGCUCAGCCUGUACUGGCGGUGGAUUUUUGUUCUUUAAUUUGUGAGAUGGGCUUGGAGAUUUUGGCCGAUUCAUCCGGACCGUUUUCACCUGGCGGAUAGAGAUCGCAGCUGUCAUGGCUCAAGGCUCACCUGCGCUCAGGACUCUGGCGGUUCUAGCCUUGCUGGGGUGGCCUUUCGCCCCGGUCCGUAUGUGCAAUGAGCUGGAGUUGAAGAACAACCUCGACAUGCAGUGCCUGGUCAUGUUCAAGAGCCACAUGGAGGAGCUGGGAUCAGACUACUGGUGCGACUGGCUCAUUAUCAGCAGCCUCUACAACGCGCUGACCAACUGCACGCAGGAGAAGGCAGGGCAGAGCGACUGCUUCUGGCCCAACUCGGUGGUGGACGCGUUCUUCCUGGACGUCCACCGCCGCUUUUUCUCCAACUGCUCCCGUGACGAGCCGGUGCUGGCCGACCCUCCGGACACUGUGCUGGGGCUGCUGGUCGCUGGCCCCGCCGUGCUCGCUGCUGCUCUCACGGCGCUCAUCGUCUGGCUCAGCAAGCGGCGGGAGGGAGUGGCCUGAGCGGUGGCGUGGCUUGUCGAGCGUGCAGGCAGUGCAACUGCACUGGUGGCCGGGCUGCGAAGAGAAGGGCAGGGGCAGGCAGACAGGGGACCCUGAUUAAAUUCCUCGCAGUAGAGCGCAUUUCAACCAUGCUGCACCUCUGGGUCUGACCUCCACCUACAUUCUCCUGGUGGUUGAAGCAAGCGUCCUUCCAAUAUGAACGUACUUUCUCAGCAUUUUUCCUACACACGAGAAAGCUAAACAAGGCAAUGCCAGAUUUAGGAUUUUGUUGGUGUAUCUGCACAGCAAAAAAAGCCUCGUCUGUUUUUUGCGUAUACGUUUGACUGGGUAAUUUACAUUUAAAUAUUGAGGCGAUGACCUGGGAGUUUUAUGUUUGGAAAAUGAGCAGAGAAAAUAGAGAAAGGUGGAAAGAGCAAUGGUAAGUCUGCAGUGGAGCUGAGCUAUAGCAAUCAGUCACACUCUGUGUCCUCUGGCAGCCUCCAGUGGCCUUGCUGCUGCUGCUGUUUUGUUAGAUUUCACAUGGUCUGUCAAUAUGCAGCAAUGAAGAGUAUAUAUGGCAAAAAGUACCAAUUUGCUCACUGUAAUGUGUUGCUGGGAUUGUUCAUGUAUUUCUGGCUUGUAUUUAAACCACAUGAAGUCGAUUCAUAUUGUUGACCAUUAUAAUGUGGACGCAAAGUAAAAAGCCACACUGUUGUAUACCGCAAGUCAUCCAUCAUCAACAACAACAAAUGAUACAGAAUCUGCCGCAGCACUUCUCUAACUUUUGGAACCCAAGUUAGCGAACAACAUGCCCUAUUUGCUGAAAUUCCAAAUGCCAUUGAUAUUUUUACACUUUGUGAUGCCAUUACCAGGCAUUUUAAAUUGUGCAGCCAUGAAGCUGGGUAAUCGAUAUCACAUAUAUUCCCCAACACAACUGUAACCGCUGCCAAUGUUUCAUUGUUAUCAUAGUGACCACAAUUCAUGGGUCCAGAAUUUAUACCUGUCAAGGCAAUUGAAAAAUCUCAGCAUACUCUAUUCAAGUGUUCAAAUACCAAGCAGUAAAUUGGUAAUAAUUUACAAUCAUUCAUUUUGCAGUCCUUUUCGAUGCAUUGGCAGUUGAAGACCUCUGCAUAUCAUGGCAGUCAUGAGGAGUGUUUUACCAUACUUCACCACACUGAUCAAUGCGGGUUAUUGAUAUCAGAUAUCACUCGCCACUAACGCUUCCCUUGACCGGGAAUUGAACGGAGGCCACUGGGCUUAUAAAACGCUGUGCAAACCCCUGUGCAAUUGCUCUCACCCCAGAAAGUAAAUGGGUUUACUGCAUUAAACCCAUGGGCAGAUUCCUUGUGGUGGUAAGAAUUGUGCUAUCUUCCGACUGGCUGCACCACAAGAAAGAAGCGGCUCAACUUAUUUUAAGGCAGGACCUUUGACUCAAAAUGCAUGAGCACUCUAUGCACGGUUGAACAUUCUCAUUCAUAUUUAUGCAUAAACGUAAUUUAAUGUGCUGAGGAUAAUAAAAUUGUAUGCCAAUCUCUGCGUAUUACAAAUCCAUUACUGCAUUGCAUCGAGGCACGUUGCAACAGGCGUUGGGCAUCUGUUAACGUUCCAGAGUCGGUGGUGGAAAUUUCUCAGUCCUUUGGUGGGGGUUGUCUCACCAGAUGACAACCACUGUUGACGUCCCACCAAGAGAUGCUCAUUGGAUGUUUGUGAAAUGUAUGGAAUCAGGAGGAACGCUGGGCUGAGCAGACCCCGGUGUGAUUUGCACCUCGUCUCAUGAGUAAGAACCCGCUGCUGUGCCCACUAAGCCUCGGCACAGCUGAACCCAGUUUCUGAAUAAUUAAUUACUAAUAAGGCAAUUAAUUAUAAAACAUAGAAUCUGAAUCGCUGUACUGCAUAUGAAGAUUGUCUGAGCAAUUUAAAUGGCCUCGUAAACAGAAAAAACGCACAGUAUGUGGUGUAUAAUUUUUUUGAGAGGCAGACAUCAAAAACUAUGACACGGCUUCUGUCAAUGUGAAAGCCCAGGGGUUUUGAGAUACUGCACAUGACUUUUUCAAUCAGUUUGGGGCUGCAAUUCAAUCGCAGAAUGUAUUUAUUGGUUUGUCUCGACGUUGUAGUGCAUGUAGAAUCUCUAGUCCUUUGUAGGGUUUACGUGAGGAAAUUGCAGUAUAUUACAAUUUGCAUUGAGUAUAUAGCGUGCACAUAAACAGUGGGCGUAUUUAUUUCAGAGCGAGAGGAAAGUUAGUCAUAAGGCAAUGCAAGGAUGAAUCUGGACAAAGGCAGGGGUAGGAGCAUGGGCAAAGAGACAUCUGUGAAAACUACUGGAUAUCUGUGAAAAAGAGCUUCAUAGCUCAUCGUAUUCCUCCAGUCAAAAUAAAGAUUCUGAUUCUGAUUUCCGGACAAUGGAGGCGGCAGACGAGAAUGAUUGACGUCCCACUAAGUGAAGGUUGCCUGAAGGCUUACGACAGGAAGCCUAGAGCGAGAGUGUGUGAAGGGGAGUAGAAUGAGAUGAGAAGAGAUAUAUAGGCAGAGGCGAGGCCAUUGCGGAUUUUUAGGAGGGCGAGCGUGAUGUUGAAAUUCAUCUGAGAUUUCAGAGGGAAACAAUGCAGUGAUUUGAGCAUUGGGGUGAUGUGGUCUCAUGUCCACGUGCAGAUGAAAAAACUUGAGCUUUGGAUCGUAAGCAUAACAGCUCACGGCAUUUUAAUGAUGAAUCAUUGCAUCAUGAAUUAACAUAAUUGAUGAAUUAAUGCAUUGUUACAUCACAUGGCUGAUUGCGAAGUGCACUUAGGGAAAUGUAAGUGGAAGCGACGAUGAUAAUUAAGUAGUAAAUAAAGACUCGCAAAUACAAUCAAAUACAAUUUGUAUGAUACUUUAGCUAAUAAACACCUACGUGUUAACUGGAAUUCUGUCUUACUGUAUAUGAUCGUUUCCAUUGGUAUGAUUUUGAAUCAGAGUUAGGGAGUGACGUGGGAUGUGUGUUGUGUUCAUGCGAAAUAUUGUCACCAGAUCCCUUGAGAUCGUGGAGUGAUGUGGUAUUUGUUAUUUGUCCUUAAUAUUAGCUCUAGUAGGAUGAAAUAUCUCAACAUAGUAGGUCAAUUAUAAAUACACACUGGCAUUCUUUUUUUGCGUGUGUUUUUUUAUAUUUUGGCCCAAAAAACUAUAUUUUCCAAAAAAUGUACAGCCAAAUCUAUUGCAGCCCAAACAAGAUUAUCCUCCAAUGCCUACUAUUGUAAUGGAUUGGCUGUGUUAUGUGAUAAAACAUCACAAGAGGGAUAUGCGGGGGCCACAAGCAAAUCCGCAAAGUUUUAUAGGCUUCAGAUUCAGUGGGAUUGGUGAUCUGGCACUGAUUUUGCCGUUUUUGUACCACCUGUAAUUGUUAAUAAACAUGACUAUAUAUGCAUCCCUACAUGCAAUGUUGUACAAGUAAAUAAAAUUUCAAAAUAGCAGUACUAUAGUAAAAUGUCAAAAUGAUCAGAUUUACAAGAUAUAUUCUGUAUAUGAUCCUUAUGGUGGUACCCCAGGAUACCAAAUAAUACAAAAUGGCCGAGGCAAUAAAAUAUUUUAUUUCUGGUACACUUUUUUUGCCAGGGGUGUACUUAACUCCACGACUGGGAUACCAAUCAAUCCGAAAUCAGUGCUACUGAGCGAUUUCGAAACAGCGAUGACGAUUGCGCUGAAAUCCUGAACGCUCGUAUGCACCGUAGUGGCGCAUAGUGCACAGCUCGUCGAGAUGAGUCGAUUGCCGCAUCACCGACCAUCAACAGACUAAAAAUGACUGCAUCACGGACAUUAUGCGAGAGCCGGGGUACUAUGGUACCCCGGGGUACCGCCAUAAGGUUCAUAUAAACCAAUUAUCAAGGCGACUUGCAAUCUCUUUGUGAAGUGGACGACAUUCUGCAACAGUAUGUAAUUUAAUAAGUGGCUUUCAUUUAUCACCGUUUAUUAACGCAGACAUGGGCAAUACUGCCGAAUGCGUUGAGUUUUCAUGGGGAAUUGGCAAGGUUGGUGAGUUGUGGCACACAGUGCAUUUUCCACAGUUGGAAAGCUGACUUAUAUAUAAAUGUUGAGUUUCUUCAGCUUUUAAUUUAGUUAAAUUAAGAGUAUUAGACUGUAGUAUGCUCAAUAGUGAACAGAAAUGUUACUUAGAGCCUGAAUGCAUUUGCAGGGUGUAAACAGUUGCUCCAGCCAAUGUGUGGCAUGUAACGUGUAAAUAUAAAGUGUCACAAAUUAGAAGUUAGUUUCUCGGUGAGAUGUAUAAUAUCGUUAGUUGUUUUAUGAAGUUUAAUGUAAAGUGCAAUAACCCUUCUCAUGUGUGAUGUCAGGCCUGUAUCUAGCAUAAUAUGCGCACAGUAUAACCAUACUCUAGCGGCCUUUAUUUUAGGCAGAAAACUAAUACCCAGAGCUGGAUUUAAUUUCUCUUUAAUCCUGAUCCACACAGGCCCUUGCCCAGCUGCCCACUCCGAGUAACUGGGCCAGAGCGAAUGGGGCUCACUAGAGCCAGAUGGGUUUAUCUUGGCCUCGCACUAGUUUGCACAGUGUGGGAUGUUUGAGGCUUGGCCACUAUUAUGGCCUUUGAAGAGAUCAGCUCAAUGUCAACAUGCAAUUAACGCUUUUGAUAAUCCGAAACUGAUUACCAUGCAGUUUGUUGUCAUAGGUUCUGCAAGAUCUGCUUCAUAUUUUAAUUAUCUGGUUGACUUGCUGCCAGUUUUCCAAAAUAAAUAUGCCGCUGUGGUGGUGAAAAGAGAAUGAGUUUAAGUGGCCAUACUUGUUGGAGAUAACUUCAAAUGCCAGUGUGGGACCAGCGGUUGUUUUCCAAGUUAGAGUACAGUCUCAGUUGGAGACCAUCACGAAUGUGUGAAACAACAUUAUCCCCGUGCUGUUAUGCUGGUAUAGUUUUAUUAUCGUGUCAGAUGGAAACAUUUUCAUCGGAAAAGUUGAGGUUUUUUUUUACUUAAUAUUAGAAUUUCAAUUUUGAUUUAUUGCAGCCUGAAAGUCACCUUUUUCAAAAAUAUUGCAGUCUGAAAGUAACUUAUUUCAAAUGUUAAUUUUCAGAACGUUGCUUAUAUUGUUCUUGUUAUUAUUACUAUGUUUAGCUUUACACUUGUACAAAUGAAUGACUGCGUCUAACAUUAUUUAGUAUAUUAAAACUAAUUGUAAUUAUUGAAUUACUUUAUCAACAAACAGCUGAGUUUCAUAUAUUUUGCCAAUACUUCAUUAUAUGCAUUGAAUUGUCUAAUAUUCCUUCACACAAUAUUCAAAUGAAUGCCACUGUUGUGUUUGGUUGCUUAUUAAAGUGUGAUCACAUACACCAUUACGGUCACAAAUGGGGGCUUACAAUAAUUGAUUUAAAUAUGACAUGGCAGGCGAUUGUAUCAGAUGUGUGACGAAAACUUACUUUGAUGUUGAAACAAAAAACCCCCUGCAUAGUCAGAUGUUAUUUUCAAACGUAUUUUUGCAUGACUACUGCACUUCUUACUAAAUUAUUCAUGGUCAAUAAAACAAAAACAAUGAAAAUCAAAGGCGCACGUGACGAUUGUAUGACCGCACUGAGAAAAGAAAUGGUGAACUCUUACGCGAUAUUGUCAAAUACAAGUGCGCGUUCAUUAACAGUGGACGGCACUGUUAUAAUGUGAUGGGUAUGGAUGGGAACAGCUGGACAUUGCACAGGCACAGAAAUAAGCAUGGGCUGCAUGAGCUGAAGUGUCAGCAAGCAAACCCUGGAACGCCACUCGAUUAUGGAGAGUUAGUGUCGACCUAUGCAGUAGUGCACUAUAUAUCUCAGCCUGAACAACCACAUCCAUCAUCCCUGCUUGGAUAGCCCUUCUAUAGCUGCUAUUUUUUUUAUGACAGCAUCCUUGAUAUACUCGGGCAUCUCAUGUUUACAACAACAAAUAAUUGCCCCAACACAGCCACAGUUAUUUUGUGUGUGUAAGCACUCAGCAAGUGGUCAAAUAGUUGUUUUUUUCAUUGAUCCAUUGUAUAUGAUGCACUCGAACAAAACGAUGUGAGCUAAAGUCAAACACAGGAAUGAAAUGGUAUGUGUACAUUGUAUGAUAUAUAGGGUAUCCAUAAGGGUAUCAUACAUUAUUUUAAGAAUUACAAUUAGACAUGAGUUUGAACUGCAUGGUUGAAAUGUUAGGAACAUAUACACUUGCAUUGUUAAACCGAAAGGCUUGCUAAAUCUUGAAUGGAACAUAACAGAAGCAAGUCCAGGCUUGAGACUUUUCCGCUUGUUUCCCUCUUGCCUAUGUCAUUCUACACUAUCCAUGUACAGUGUGUGUUUGAUGCAGUUACAUUUAGAUGCCAUAUAAAUGUAAAUUGUAUCGUAUUUGAUAGCAUCGUACCGUCGAUGAUGGUGAAUAUUUGAGAGUCUUUCAUCUCUUGAUACGACGUGUGUCGCCAAGGGCAUGGCGGACAUCUGGAGGUCGAGAGGAAUGCAUCUCACGCGAUACAAUCUUCAAACUCCCGCACGCAUAGUUGUAUUGAUCUAGCUUAAACCGCCCUCUAAUUACUCUACAAUUAUUUAAUAAGGAACGCUUUCUUUAUGGAUACCAUGUAUUUGUGCUUUUACGUGGAAAAUUCUGAAACUAAAAUGAGACAAACACUUGAAAUAAUUCCACAUGAAUUACCAUCAUAUGCAGCAUAAUAUAACACAGUUCGAGUUUCCUGUCAUUCUAAACAUAGCAUGUGAUCAUAAAUUCAACAGAACAAGACCAUAUCCUGGCAAUUCCCUUGAUAAAUAACAGCUUAUAAUAGCAGAAUAAUACUGAAACAUAAUGGAUUUUUUUUCUUUUCAAAAGUUGUUCUAGCUAGAGUCAAUAUUUGCAUUCAGGGCGGAAUUCAUUGCCGAUGUUUUCUAUUCCUUUUUGUUCUACUCUUCACCGUUUUAAAAACAAGGAGCCUAUAGGAGGUUGCAGAGACAAUGAUGCAUUCGUUGUAAUAGAACAGAAUGGUAAUCACCAAAGUUUUGAGCCCAUGGGAAACAACUAUUCUGGGGGGCUUCUUCACUGGUCUAUAGCCAAUAAAAUUGAUGACACCAUACUGAGAAGUAAAUUCCAUUGUUAUGAAUCCAAAAUUGUCUACUUUGUUUUGUAUUCUUAGCUCUUUCGGUAAAGUCACGUUGAAGGGAAACAAUAAAAUAAUAAAAUAUAUAUAAAACAACGUGACUUUACCGAAAGAGCUAAGAAUAUGAAUUACUGCAGUCACGAAAGCUUUAAAUCAAAAUUUACUUUGUUUUGCUUUUUACCGUAUCCAAUUAGGUGAUAUUUUAAAAAUAUAUCAUUUAAAUUUCUCCAGAAAUUUACAGCAGCAUGUGGUGAUCAGGCCAAGGCUGGACUAAUGCCCCAGCGAGACAGGUUGAAGAGCCCGAUUGCCUCAAUAACUAUUGUAAGCUGACCCCUAUGGGGCGAUACUCGUGGACGAUAGACCCCGAGACAAGGAAGGGUACCUAAAGUUAGGGCCCCAGUUUUCGCUUAGGGCCCUAGGAGGAUAGUAAUCAUUCCGCGUCUGAAGUUCCCACCCUUCUGCUACAUUAACAUCAUUGGUUGAUCACAUAAAUCAGUUGAAGUGAAAAGUCUCCCUUUGUAUACGCUCGUGUAGAAUGCAAAUGAAUUAAACAGAUAGCCUUUAAUUUGUGUAAUGAAACUGACAGGGGAUCUACGAUCACAUUCAUUCUAAAAUAAACCAUCCCAAUUACCAGAAUUGUUUUUAUUUCUUGUCAGAUAAUUGUGCGGUGACAGUCUAACGGAGGGAAAGGAAUUGAAUGCGUACUCAUAAAAUUGACCACCUGCUUUACUCGCCCAAAACUGUAUUCGCGUUGCUGAUCACAACUCAGUAGGAUUUACAUUAACCCAGGACUGUUAAUGCAGUUAUAUUUCGAGGGCAUAGCAAUAUUACUCCUUAUAUUUAAUUGUAUAAACUAUAACCUACUUAUGUCCCAUCCAUAGUAGCUGGCAAGGCUUGGGGGUACGUCUAUUUUUAUUUUAAAACAUGCUGGUCAGCCUUUUAAAAUAUCUCCCCAAACAUCUCAGUCCACUUAAAAUUAUGGUAAUCAAGAUAUGAACAAGAUAUUCACAAGGUUUGCAGCUGUACCCUUUUCCAUCUUCUAGACAUUUACAAUGAAGUGACUAUAAAUGGUAUGUAAUGUUUAAAUGUAAUCGACAUUGCCAUACACACGCACUCUAUCUGCACCAAUCGAUCUAUGUAAUGUUUUGACGAAGAGUUUAGCCGUUACUGCUUUGAUGUCAAGGUUGCAUUGUCGUUUCUGUAGCAGAAUUUCAAUGCAUUAACUAAGUGGUUUUAGCUGAACUCUGUGUAAUAUUGUUUUCCAGUUAUUUUGAGCGUGUAGUUGCAGAGUAGAGGAAAUGUAACAACAGCCAUUGCUUCUCUCUCGUAUAGGAUUAGUGUCAUUCUAACCAUUGAUCGUUUUUGCUUCUAAUGAUACACUGCACAGUUUGAAUGUAUUUCUUAUACAAACACCGAUAUAUAAAUACACUAAAAAAAUAUGACAUUUUAAACAAUGGCCUAGCUUGAGAAACAAUGAAGAUUGCAAAGGAUUGCAGUUUACUUAAAUCAU